CUGACAACACAUGAAGGCAGCAUAUUGUGGGCAUGCGCACCAGCACGGUGAGGAAAACCCACAGGAAGCUGUGGAAGGUCCAGAGAACUUUGCAUAGCGUUUCUUAAAUUUUAUUUUGGUGGCUAUCUUCAGUAAUAUAUUUAUUUACACUGGUCUAGCGUCAGAUAUGGCCCGUGGGCACCAGAAGUUCCAGUCCCAGCAGAAGAAUGCCAAAAAACAGGCAGACGUCAAGAAAAGCAAAGGACAUGACCAGAAGGCAGCAGCUAAGGCUGCUUUAGUUUACACGUGCACUGUGUGUCGGACACAAAUGCCUGACCCGAAGACCUUUAAGCAGCACUUUGAAAGCAAACAUCCUAAGUCCUCCAUGCCCCCGGAGUUGGUCAGUGUGGAGGUGUAAUAGAUUCACCUCUCUUUCAGUGAGACAGGUGGGGCUGAUUCAGGACAGGCUUAUACAUUUUAUAAUGUUUUAGAUCAAAUAUCUUCAGUACAACUUCAAUUAAUCCUUAUGCUGCCUAAUUUAGUUAUUGAGUAUUUUUAUGCAGGGGUGUUACUGGAACUGCCUGCCCAUGUUCAUUUUUCAAAUAUUUUUGUUGUUGUUACAAAGCUAUUCUUCACUAACCAGAAUUUGAUCUGCGUCCAGUACUGAAGGUAGACGCACAGCAGACAGUUACCCUCUCUUGGCUUAUGCCAAACAUGUCUGUUUUUAUCUCUGAUUGUAUGCAAUAUUCCUAUCUGAUCAUUUAAAAAAAUGUUCAUAGGCCCUACCACUGUUUCAAGACAAGCUUUGAAUUUAGAAGAUAUUCAGAAUUGGCACUGGCUCAGCUGAACAAAGUAAUACUGGGAUGAUCAUUGGAAGUCAUCUGCAUCCAAAUCCAAUGAACUGUCAAACCAAUUAUGGAUUUUUGACUGAAACUAAUUUGUGAUGUGCCAGGGUUGGGCUUAUAAUUAACAGAAUGACUUUGGAUGGUGGGAUUGGAAAGACACUAACACUGAAUAAUGUUCUUUGGAGUAGAUUCAGAUUUACCCUUUUUCCCUUGUCUGGAACUUUUUUUUAAAGUUUCAAGGCAGGUCUAUAGUUUUUGUUGAUAUGUAGAAUAUGAUAAACAUAUUGUCCUAUACAGGUACUGAAAUUGUGCAUUGUAUUGCAUCUCCUCAGCUAUUCAUGAAAUGUGUGUAGUUCAUGUCACCUUUGUAACUUUCUCAUGUGCAAAAGAGAAACUAUUGACCAGAGAGGGCACUGCAAGUCUACUCAUAGCAAACCCUUCAGUGACACAGUUUCCUUAACUCCUAUUUUCAUAAAGCAAUAAUAUGACUGCAUAAAACAGUUUUCAUACUGUUAGAAUGGGUCUGUUGAGUGAAUCGGGGUAGAUAUAAGUUGGUACUGGGCACUAAUUGUAAAUGAUAGCGCUAACGAUCUGCUCCUAUCCUCCCACUUUGUCUUUGUUAAAGUGGUAUCAAUAUAUGCAUCGCUGUAAUAUUUGAUGAGGAUUUGGCUCGUCAUUAUUGUAUUUUUGCAGUGUAACCAGUCUCGCACAGUCACACACAGUGUGAAAAUGAUCCCAUGUGUUGUUUCUCUCUUUAGUGUUAAACCGUCAUGGUGGUGUAAAAGUAUUUUGACUCAGAACCUACAUCUCAAGUCUAAGUUUUGGUUUAUAUUUUUUUAUUAGUUUGUUUUUCUAGCGUGCUAAUACCCAGAGAUUUAAUUUAUACAAAAUAACUAUUUUCAAUACUCUACUGGUCAUUAACCACAGACACUGUAUCACUGUGAUAAAGUCUGAACUGACAACCAGCCAUGUUUUUACUUUUGUAAUAAUCAUCUCUUUGUCCAUACAAUGUUAUGUAUGGCCUUAUAAUAAAGGUUCAACUUUUUCUAAACUAUUA